AUGACGCCUUCCGGUCACAGUGUUGAAGUGCGGACAGAAAUUGUGAUCAAGUCUGGUGGAUAUUCUCCCGCCAUUCUGGAUGAUACGGUAUCCAUGAACAAAAGCUUGAGUUGGUCACUGGGUCAAGACAACAGCGUGGACGUCUCUUUUGUGAUUUCGUCCACUGUGGUAAAGUCAGUAUUCCUACUUUCAAUGUCCAUGAGUUGUUUGUCCCCGCAACCAGAGUUCCAACUGGAUAAUGGCCGAUUCAGACGUUUCACGUGCUUUCUCAAAUCUCUGCCAUGCUUCAAUUGCAUUGGUCAGCCGAUUGACCGUUUGAACAAUACUUGCAUGCACUUUGUGCCAACGCAACUGGAGCUCUUUGGUCUGGAGUAG